AUGUCCCUCAUAGAGAUCAUGGGUUAUGGAGAGGCUUCAAUAACAAAACCGUUAUUGGCUCUAGUCGCAAUCUGUUCCAUUCUAUUAGGUUCGUGGCUCAGGGCUGUGCUCUUUCCCCAUGGCAAUGCUGCAGUGAAAGCUCCUAUUGUUGGCCUGAGAUGGGCCUACCCCGCGAGGGUUCAGUAUCUCAACAAUGCAAUGAACCUCCUUCAAGAAGGAUAUCAUCAGUACAAAGAUCAAUUCUUCAAAAUAAAUGGAAAUGAUAUGUUAGUUGUACCUAAUAAGUACGUCAAUGAGCUUCGAGCGAUCCCGGAAGAAAAACUCAGCUCCAUGGUUGCAAAUAUUGAGAAUUUCCAAGGUAAUUAUAACACUAUCGAUAUCUUGCUGCGUGGUAACCUUCACACUCAUGCCAUUCAUACGCGACUUACCCCUAAGCUUGGCCUCUUUGUGCCUUUGAUAUGUGAAGAAAUGAAAUGGGCAUUGACGCAAGAGAUACCUCCGUGCAAAGAUAAUUGGGUUUCCAUACUUGGGUUUGAUACCGUAGUAAGGUUGGUUGUGCAUGAUUUCGCACGAAUAUCAGUUGCCUCCUUGGAGCGCAACAAAGAAUGGAUGGAAAUCCAAAGGAUGUUCCCGGAGAAUGUCUUCCGAGUUGCAAUUCAAAUGAGAGUCAUUCCGCCCUACCUCAAACGAAUCUCAUCAUAUUUCAUGCCAGCUACUUGGGCCGUCUCUCGGAAUCUUCACAACGCACAAAGACUCAUCACACCCAUUGUGGAAGAGCGCAGGCGAAUGGAAACAGUCAACGAUCCAGAUUACAAACGACCAAAUGAUUUUCUGCAAUGGUUGAUGGAUGAGGCGUGGAACGAGCGGGAUGGUCAGGCGGCAGAGCUGGUUCAUAGACUACUUGUUUUGGCGUUGGCGUCUGUUCAUACAACUUCUAUGACAGCAACUCAGGUUCUGUAUGACAUUAUUGCUCAUCCAGAAUACCUCGAACCGCUUCGAGAAGAGAUCUUGCAGGCUCUAAAGGAGGAUGGAGGUUGGCAGAAGACGACGCUCACAAAAAUGAGGAAGCUUGAUAGUUUCAUGAAAGAGUCACAACGACUAAACGGUCCAAGUCUUAUUGGUUUCAAACGUGCUGCAAUGGAAGACAUACAGCUUUCCGACGGCACAAUACUUCCAAAGGGUGUUCAUAUGGUAGUACCUGUCGUGCCGAUUGCUCUCGAGUCUGUAACUCCCGAUCCUGGUGUUUUCCAAGGCUUUCGCUUCUAUUACGAGAGGCAAAAGCCGGGACAAAGCAACCUUCAUCAAUUCGCAAUGACUGAUAAAAAUAACAUGCAUUUUGGUCAUGGAAAAUACUCCUGUCCAGGCAGAUUCUUUGCAGCACAUGCCAUUAAAAUCCUGAUUGCUCAUCUUAUUCUCAACUACGAUUUCAAAUUUCCAGAAGGCAAAUCGCGACCAGGAAAUUUGUUAGCUCAUGAGUAUUGUUUCCCAGACCCUACAGCACAUAUUUUGAUGAAGGAACGAGAUAGCCCCUGGAAUCUAUGAUGGUGUCUCAUUUUCAAUGGCCAUACCGAAAUUCUCUUGCCGUUUGCAUACGUUUGGGGGAUUAACUGAUUCUUAAAAUCGAAUGCUCCUAAUUCUUCAAUUCAGAACUGAAAUUCAUAUACUUAGAAACCCAUUUUAGUGUUUUCUGGAACUCGGUCCAACUCAACUUUGAGAAGAAUGAAGCAUUUUUAUUUGUGCCUUCUCGCUCACACAUCUACAUUAAGAGUAUAUUUGAUGGCGAACAACAACCCUUGAUUGACAAUAUUAACCACUUCAAAUCUGUCGGGGUCUGCUUGGAGAGGCAGUUCUAACGGCUUUACCUUCCUAUUUCAUCGACUACAUCAUGAAGGUGAACAUGAAUAGGAACGCAUUUAAAAUCGGAAAAUGAUAACCACUAAGAACUCUUUCCUGAAAGACUGAAACAAGUUUCGAGGAAUUACCCCAGAAAACUAAACGAGGCUUUCUCAAGCCGACAUCAAAUAAUCGGAUGUCUAAGCAGUCAAAUUUUUUCGAGACCCCAGCAUAAGGAUAAAUUGAGAAAUCUUAUGUGAGGUUUUAAUCUGUUAUCCGACGAUCCAUGUAGAUCCUUUCUGAAAGUUUUGCUGGCUAGGAUAAUGCACGGGAGGCAGGACAAAAAACCCAGACGAUCAAAAACGUUUCGCUCUUUUCAAUAUUCGACAUCAAAUUGAGCAAUCAUUUAUUUGAAAUGAAACUUGAGAAAUUUCGUAUGUUUAAGGGGUUUCAAAAUAUAGUAUAACAUAAAGAUUGAUAUUUUGAGAAGAUAUCGAAAUACACGUGUUCUAAUAUAUGGUUCUAUU